UCAGUUGAAUUCAGUUGAAUUCCAUCCAUACGCCAAGACGAAAAUUCUUAAAAGUGGAGACAUAUACGUUUGUGCUUAUAUUGAUAUUGAUAAAAAGCAACAACUGCUGUAGUAAGGUGCAUUUUAAUAAACUGAGUAAACGGAUUAUAUGAAAACUUUUCAUCAUGGGGGAUAUGUUUCGCAGUGAGGAGAUAGCGUUGUGCCAAAUGUUUAUACAACCGGAAGCAGCCUAUUCCUCCGUUUCUGAACUGGGAGAAACAGGAUGUGUUCAAUUUCGUGACCUGAACAGCGGUGUUAACGCUUUUCAACGUAAAUUCGUAACAGAAGUCCGCCGAUGCGAUGAGUUGCAAAGAAAGAUUCGUUAUAUUGAAACUGAGAUCAAGAAAGAUGGAAUCAUUUUGCCUGGAAUUACUGAUGACAUUCCCCGAGCUCCUAAUCCUAGAGAAAUAAUCGAUCUAGAAGCGCAUUUGGAGAAAACAGAAAAUGAGAUUCUUGAGUUGGCUCAGAAUGAAGUCAAUUUAAAGUCAAAUUUUCUGGAAUUAACUGAAUUGCGAAAGGUUUUAGAGAAUACACAAGGUUUUUUCUCCGAUCAGGAAGUGCUCAACCUGGAUAGCAGCAAUCGUGGGAUUACCGGCAUGCCCGAUGAAUCAAAUGCACAGAACCGCGGACGAUUAGGAUUUGUAGCUGGCGUUAUUAAGCGGGAGCGCGUGUUCUCAUUCGAGCGUAUGUUAUGGCGCAUAUCACGUGGUAACGUAUUCCUUAGACGAUCCGAUUUGGAUGAACCUUUGAACGAUCCCACUACUGGUCAUCCAAUUUACAAGACGGUGUUUGUAGCAUUUUUCCAAGGUGAACAAUUAAAAAAUCGCAUCAAAAAAGUGUGCACUGGUUUUCAUGCUUCUAUGUAUCCAUGCCCGAGUUCACAUACGGAGCGUGAAGAAAUGGUUAAGGGGGUGUGCACUCGUUUAGAGGACUUAAAGAUGGUGCUCAGUCAGACAGAAGAUCAUCGUAGUCGCGUUUUGGCUACCGUUUCCAAAAAUUUACCCUCAUGGUCUAUAAUGAUAAAAAAAAUGAAAGCUAUCUAUCACACUUUAAACCUAUUCAAUAUGGAUGUUACCAAAAAGUGUUUGAUUGGCGAAUGCUGGGUACCAUCCAAAGAUCUUCCGGUCGUUCAGAAAGCUUUGUCAGACGGAUCGGCUGCAGUGGGAAGUACGAUUCCCUCAUUCUUAAACGUUAUUGAAACUAACGAACAACCACCUACUUUUAAUCGAACUAAUAAAUUUACCCGUGGUUUUCAAAAUUUAAUUGACGCUUAUGGUAUAGCUUCGUAUCGGGAAGUGAAUCCGGCUUUAUACACUUGCAUAACCUUCCCCUUUCUGUUUGCUGUUAUGUUUGGCGAUCUAGGUCACGGGUUUAUAUUGACACUUUUCGGUGCUUGGAUGUGUAUGUAUGAAAAAUCGUUAAGCCGCCUAAGGGGCGGCGAGAUAUGGAGCAUUUUCUUUGGAGGACGUUACAUUAUACUACUUAUGGGCCUAUUCUCCUGCUACACUGGUUUCGUCUAUAAUGAUGUCUUUUCCAAAUCUAUGAAUAUAUUCGGUUCUACCUGGAGCAUUAAAUUCAAUACAUCCACUGUUCUCGAAAAUCCAGAACUUCAGUUAAAUCCACAGUAUCAUGUUGAAGGCAUAUACCCAAUUGGUAUGGAUCCGAUAUGGCAGAUGGCAGAUAAUAAAAUCAUUUUCCUUAAUACAUAUAAAAUGAAACUGUCAAUAAUUACCGGUGUUAUUCACAUGGUGUUCGGUGUUUGCAUGUCAGUCAUCAAUUUCGUACAUUUCAAACGGUAUUCCAGCAUCUUCUUAGAAUUCCUGCCACAGAUUCUUUUCCUACUUUUAUUAUUUGGCUAUAUGGUGUUUAUGAUGUUCUUUAAAUGGGUUAAGUACACUGCUAAAACUGACUUUCAGCCACACACACCAGGCUGUGCGCCGUCUGUCCUUAUUAUGUUCAUUAACAUGAUGUUAUUUAAAAAUACUGAACCACAAGACGGUUGUAAGGAGUAUAUGUUCGACGCACAGAGUUCUCUCGAGAGUGUUUUUGUUUUCAUUGCACUUAUUUGCAUACCUUGGAUGUUAUUAGGCAAGCCGUUGUACAUUAAGUUUACGCGUAAAAAUAAUGAGCACUCGAACAACAAUGGCGGAUUAACUAAUAAUAUGGAACUGGGUGAAGGCGAGACACCCAUUCCUACAGGGGCCGAUACUCGGGAAACUGGAGGCCAUGGGAGCCACGACGAGGAGCCCAUGAGUGAAAUUUAUAUUCAUCAGGCUAUACACACAAUUGAAUAUGUGCUAAGUACUAUUUCUCAUACAGCGUCUUAUUUGCGUUUGUGGGCGUUGUCCUUGGCUCAUGCCCAAUUGUCAGAAGUCUUGUGGAACAUGGUUUUGUCGCUAGGUUUAAAGACGCAUAGUUACUCAGGCGCUAUUGGCUUGUACAUAAUUUUCGGCGCUUGGUGUCUAUUUACUUUGGCAAUUUUGGUCAUGAUGGAAGGUCUGUCGGCAUUUUUGCAUACCUUACGUCUUCACUGGGUUGAAUUCAUGAGCAAGUUUUAUGAAGGUCUGGGUUAUCCUUUCCAACCUUUCAGCUUCAAAGCGAUUUUGGAUAGUGAAGAUGAAGAAUAAAUAUAAUAAAUAUAAAUAUAUUAUCAGACGUACGAUGCUUACAUUUGAAGCAAAUAUUUUACAAUUUUUAUUUUUCUUGUUUGUUUCUAUUAAAAAGUUUUAUGCUGUUGCACGUUCAUAUGUUUUAGAAAAGCUUCUAAUAAACUAAUUAGCUAAAGUGUUUACAGACAAAGCA